AUGAAUCAAUUCCACCACAUCCGCGGCGGCGAUUGGGCGGAGAGCAGCCGCACCAACGCCGCCGCCUUCCCAAAACCCUACAAAAUCCUAACCGAAACCGACAUAAAAAACCUCCAAGAAAGCGACAUCUCCUCCGUCUCCGCCGCCCUCUCCGUCCCCAGAGGCGUCGCCUGCUCCCUCCUCUUCAGCAACAACUGGGACCUCCACUCCGCCUGCGACAAAUGGCUCUCCGCCGCCGUGAAUCUGCCGCCGCAAGCAUCGACGUCGAAACACGUGAUUUGCAACAUCUGCUUCGAUAAAUUUCAACCCUCUAAAAUGGCCUCCGCCGGCUGCGGCCAUCUCUUCUGCUUAAAGUGCUGGAGUAGCUAUAUUGGUAAUUCGAUCAAUGAUGGCGCCGCUUGCUUGAUGCUCCAAUGCCCGGAGCCUAACUGCAGAGCGGACGUGACAUCCGACAUGGUUGGGAGAUUUGCAUCGGAUUCUGAAAUUGAAAAGUGCCCGGCCGCGGGGUGCGACCUAGCAAUCGAAUUCGAAUUCGGCUGGAGCACGAUCCACGACGUCGUCUGCUUCUGCUCGCACACCUUCUGCUUCCUCUGCGCGGCCGAGAGCCACCGCCCCGUGUCGUGCAAGGUGGCAGCAGAGUGGCUGAAGACGAAGAAAUCCGAGGCGAAGAGCGCCAAGUGGAUCGUCUCCAACACGAAGCCAUGCCCCAAAUGCCACCGCCCGAUCCAGAAAACCCAAGGCUGCGACCACAUGACGUGCGGAGCUCCGUGCUUGUUCUACUUCUGCUGGAACUGCCUCUCCCCGAUGAAAAACCACGGCGACACCUGCGAUCGGUACACGGCCGAGGAGAAGGGGAAGAUGAAGAUGCCGGCUAGCGGCGCGGGCAGAUACGCUCACCACCGCGAGAGGUGGGAGUUUUACGAGAAUUCGGGGAAGGCGGCGUUGGGGGAUUUGGAGCGGGCGAGGUGGCGGUGCGGCGGCGGCAAAAUGGGGUUUGUGGCGGCGGCGUGGGAGCAGAUUGUGGAGUGCCGGCGCGUGCUCAAGUGGAGCUACGCGUUUGGGUAUCACGUGGCGGAGGGGGAGCUGUUGGAGUAUUUGCGGGGGGAGGCGGAGGCGGCGGUGGAGAGGCUGCAGCGGUGCGCGGAGGAGGAGAUGGGGGAUGAAGGGGUUUAUGUUGAUGAGGAGAAGUUUGGGUUGUUUGAGGUUAAGCUUUUGGAUCUAACACGUGUUACGAGGAAGUGUAUCGAUGAUUUGGUUGUGGCGUCCGAGAACUUUUUUACUGAAGUUGGGAGCUCGAAGACGAGCAAGCGCCAGAGAAGCACUGAGACAAGGUUUGAGCAUGAGAACUCAAAGAGGCAUAGGUACUCUGAAUCCUCUGACUCUGAUUCCUCCGACUCUGACCCUGAAUCCUCUGACUCUGAUUCCUCAGGCUCUGGCUCCGACUCUGAAUCCUCUGAAUCUGAAUCCUCUGACUCUGAAUCUGAAUCCUCUGACAUCUCAUCAGAGGAUGAGAAGUCGAGGAGGUAUGACUCCUCCUCAGGGAGGUAUGGGGAGUCGAAGAAGCGCAAGUAUUCCACCUCCGAGCAUGAGAAAUCGAGGAGGCAUAACUCCUCCACAAGGAGGUAUAUGGAGUCGAGGAGGCAUAAGUUCCUCUUCAAUCGUUUGAAGUCGAGGAUACAUAACACCUCCUCGACCCAAAAGACCGGAGAAAGCUCCAAAUAUAAGAAAUCAAGGAGGUAG